GCAGCCGGGGGCUCACCCAUCCAUCUGGAGAGCUGGGAUGUUCUUAGGGACUUUCCCACAUCUUCUCUGCUGCAGCCCUUGUCUUUGCCUGGCUACCUCCUGCUGCUGCAUGAGCCCUCUUUAUUUUCCUUUUUCCAGUCUGGCUUUGGGGACAUGGAGAGUGGCAAUGGCUCAGCAGUAACUGAGUUUGUUUUGAUUGGGUUCUCAGAUUUGGCUCUUUCUGGGGGCUCUCUGUUUUGGGGGGUGCUCUGCAUUUACUUGGUCACCUUGCUGGGCAACUCCCUGAUCAUCUUCCUUACACUGGCAGACUCUGCUCUGCAUUCCCCCAUGUACUUCUUCCUUCGCCACUUCUCCCUGGUGGAGGUCCUAUAUACCACCACCAUUGUGCCUAGGAUGCUGGCUGAUCUCCUCUCCUCCUGCCCGACCAUCCCACGUGCCAGCUGCUUCACCCAGCUGUAUUUCUUUGCCCUCUUUGGCAUCAUGGAAUGCUGCUUGUCCACUGCCAUGGCCUAUGACCGGUAUGCCGCCAUCUGCCGACCGCUGCACUAUCCCACCCUGUUGAACCAGGCAGCGUGUGUGGGCAUGGUGGGGGCCUCCUACCUCAUGGGUGUCAUCACUGGCACCACUCACUCCAUCUUCAUCUUCACCUUGCCCUUCCAUGGUGCCAACACCGUCCAUCACUUCCUGUGUGACAUCCUGCCUGUGUUGAGACUGGCUAGUGGGAGCCCCUUCUGGGGUGAAGUGGGGAACCUUGCUGUCACGGUGGCCUUUAUUCUGACCCCCUUUUCACUGAUUGUGAUCUCCUAUGCCUGUAUUCUUGCCACUAUUCUUGGGAUUGCGACAUCCCAGGGCCGUCGAAAAGUCUUCUCUACAUGUUCUUCCCAUCUGUUUGUGGUCAUGCUCUUUUUUGGGACUGGGACUGUUGCCUAUAUGACACCUCAGGCAGGUUCCUUUCGGGACAUGGACCAGAUCCUUGCUGUCUUCUACACAGUUGUCACCCCCAUGUUAAACCCUUUUAUCUACACUCUGAGGAACAAGGAGGUCACAGGAGCCAUGAGGCGGUUCAUGAAGAGAUACCUUUGGAGCCCUUGA